UUAAAAGGGAAGAAAAUCUGGUACCACACGGAUGUCUUUUUUAAAUAAUAAUAAUACUUCUUAUUCGGUUGGUUAUUUAUAGAAAGGCGGAGUAUGUGUUAACAUGUGUAACAUUAUGGCAUUUAUAACUAAUCAUCAAUUCACCAAUGAUAAUACCCUUAACUUUUUGUAAUUUGUUUCAUCUCAAGGCCAAAUAUGAAAUUUUCCCUGCCCGACUACUCCAGUGAAGACGAUGACAAUCGGAAUCUCCCCCCGCCUCCAAAAAUCCCAAGAGCACCAGCAAAAAAAAAAACGAUUCCAAAUUCAGAGUUGACCACCGUUACUGCUCUGCCAGUAGCACCACCGCUCUUCCGCUCCAGCCAUGCCGCAUACAGUGAGCCUGGCAGAAGACAUUGUGGAGAAUUGACAGGUCCGACCUUUAUUUUGCCGCCUCCACCACAGCACCCAGCAACAUUUUUCAACUCCAUCGAUGCCGAGUUGACCACCGUUACUGCUCUGCCAGUAGCACCACCGCUCUUCCGCUCCAGCCAUGCCGCAUACAGUGAGCCUGGCAGAAGACAUUGUGGAGAAUUGACAGGUCCGACCUUUAUUUUGCCGCCUCCACCACAGCACCCAGCAACAUUUUUCAACUCCAUCGAUGCCGAGUUGACCACCGUUACUGCUCUGCCAGUAGCACCACCGCUCUUCCGCUCCAGCCAUGCCGCAUACAGUGAGCCUGGCAGAAGACAUUGUGGAGAAUUGACAGGUCCGACCUUUAUUUUGCCGCCUCCACCACAGCACCCAGCAACAUUUUUCAACUCCAUCGAUGCCGAGUUGACCACCGUUACUGCUCUGCCAGUAGCACCACCGCUCUUCCGCUCCAGCCAUGCCGAGUUAACAAGUCAGACCACCACUCCUCCGUCAACUUCGCCCACAUCUCUGCCAGUACCACCCCAGCAAGAUUUUUACAGACUUGUUCUGCAUCACCUCCGCACAAUUGAGGAGGAGCUGAAGGAGGUGAAGCAGCAGGUGGCGGUCAACACAGCCAUGAUACAGAGACUAGGUGGUGGUGGUGUGGCAGAUCUCGGCCUUGUGGAAGACACCAACAUGCCAUUGAGCAAUGCCGAGGACCUGGACGAGCUGCACUGGAAAAAGCCUUCUGUUGAACCAAUUAAAAAAAACAUGGUGUGGAGAGGCGGCUUAUAUCUGAUGUGGACCUAAAAAAUCAACUGGUGAACAUACUUGCUAUUUUGGGAGGGAAAACCACCAAAGACGCAGUGAAGAGGAUGCUGGGCCGGGCUUUCAGGAGGUCCCUGGCGCUCCAAAUUAAUUGGACUGGCGCAGCUGAAAAGAUCGCUUUCAAGUCCCUAAACCUGAAGAGUGUGUUGCACAGUAAGUGAUUUUGUGAAACUAUUGUGAAUGUGUUCAAGUAUAUAACCCCUGGCAAAAAAAAAGCAUUUCGUGAGGGCACGCAUACACAUUGAUGAAGGCAGACAUGAAAGUGCUGAACAUUAAAACUGAAUUUUAUUUAAC